CACGCCCACAAGUGAUGAAAUUACAGAGGAAGAGAAAGCCGAAUUGAAGAAAAAUUAGGGCAAAAGAAAGUAAAAGAAUGGAGGAGAAGAAGGCAUUGACCGAAUCAGAAGGAAGCAAAAAUGUGGGAUUGAGGUCGGUCCCAAGAAUAGGCAGAGAUGCCAGAGGAGGAAGCGGCAGCGGCGACUGCUGUUUCUGUUGAUGGUAGCAUCGCCGGACGGAACCCAUGGGAGGAGGGCGGACGUCGACGGCACCUUCCAGAAAGGUUAUGGUGGUGGUAGAUCCGACCCGAGAGUCCGCCGCUGCACUCCAAUAUGCGCUUUCGCAUGCUGUCAUUGAUAAUGACCAGGUAAUUCUCCUCCAUGUCGAUAACCCUAAUUCCUGGAAGAACGCUAUUACUACGUUCCUCAAGAGGCCUAAUGGUGGAUCUGCUAAUAAUAAUAAUAAUAAUAGUAACAAUAAUUAUAAUCAUAAUAAUGCAAAUGCCACUGCCGCUGCCGCUGCCACCGCUGCCUCCGACGGUGGACAAGGAGGAGGACCGACGGCGGAGGUCGAUUUUCUUGAGGAGAUGAAGAAAGCCUGCAAGACUGCUCAUCCGAAACUGAAAGUGGGGACGCUGAGGGUUGAAUUGGAAGGCAAAGACAAAGCCUCCAUGAUUAUGGCUCAAACCAAGGCUCUCGGUAUUGAUCUGCUAGUCAUAGGGCAGAGGCGAAGUCUCUCCACAGCAAUCUUAGGAUAUAGACGGUCAGGAGGGCCAAUGAAAGCGGCAAAAAUGUUGGACACAGCAGAGUAUUUGAUUGAGAACAGCAAAUGCACUUGUGUUGCUGUACAAAAGAAGGGUCAAAAUGCAGGCUAUCUUUUGAACACCAAAACCCACAGAAACUUCUGGCUUUUGGCUUGAUAAUCAACUCUCUUUCACCAUUUUCCAUUCUCCACAAUCUACCACUGUUUUCAAUUUUCAUCACUCCCUCGCUUUCCCUUUCACUUUCAAAAUCAAACACAUUGUCUUUCUAUUUGGUUCUCUUUCCCCCAUUGAGAUCAAUUGCAAGUUCUCCCAUUUGAAUUUGUUGAUUCAUUCAUCAUCAUCAUCUCUAGGCUUGGCUUGGAUUGGUCUCCACCCUCUUUUUCUUUCUUUCCAGGCAGUGCAUCAACAUUUAUUUGUACAUAACUUUUGGACCCACAGAAAUUAACCAACUGAAAAUGAGUUAAUCCAUUCUCCCUUUUUUCUUUAUUGCUUUCUUUUUUAUUUUCUUUUGCUUCAAAGGAUUCAUUUGUUAACCAUGUGCUUGAUUUGAGCCAUUUGGUUUUAUCUUUUGAAAAUUGUAAUUUUAUUCGAUCGAGCUUGAAUCUGUUGCAAAAGUUGUGAAAUUGUGAAAUUGUGAAAUUGUGAAA